GCUAGUACUAUAUUAUCGAGGUGCGCGUUGGAACUUUGUAUACGACAACCGCAAGCAUAUCUACUACCUGCGCAUCUUGCACGCACUAAAUAAUGGCGUUUUAUGUGUACGCCUUCGCGGCAGCCAUAGUCCUACUGGUGACCGUGGAGGCGCAGUUUAACAAAGAGAUGCCCAAUUGCGAUCAAUUGGCGGAGGCCACAGCGAGAUCAGGUGAGCGAUGCUCCACAUCGCGGCUGUGGACGAGAUGUUUAGAAGAGGAGGCCGUACUGGAAUGCAAGCCAGAUUGUCCGCCAACAGUUUUCAAGGAAUGCCACCACGGUGGUAGAACCGGGGUGUACUUGGUUACUGCGCAGAACCGGGCUAACUGCAAAUGUUUCUUGAACGGAAAUGAAAUCCGGGUCCCGGGCUUUAUGAUUCCGUACGGGGGCAAACCACCGAGGUUGUGCAAUCCAGCGAAUUGCAACUGUCCACCCGACGCUACGAUUGUACAAGAAAUACCGUGUCCUUUCAUCAGCAUGAAUACGACUGUCUAGAUUACUGCGUACGCAACCCUUGCGGGGUGCAUUGUGGAUCAGAAUAGUAUCAACAAUAAAACAACAAGCCUAUUAAAUAACCUAUAUUAUUCCUCUAGCCUAAUUCUGAGCGAUAGACCACGUGGUCUAUUACUUUAAACUAAAUGAAUCCCUCGUGAUACUCAAUGGUAACGUGGUACUCAAUUUUUUCUCAUUCAUGUCCAUCAAUGAAUCUGGCGAGAGCAUACGCCAGCGAUGGUAUACGCUACUUAGUUGGAAUAUGUUUGCAUUUUUGCCUCAAAACACAUAUAGCUGGUUUGUACUUCACAUUGAUUGUGUUCAUGGAUGCUAUACAUGUAGAUAUUUAUACUAAAUUAAUCAUUGCUAUACAAUUAAUUUGGUUAUGAUGCAUGAAUGCAUUAUGACCACGGUGAAAAUGAGCAAUUUCUGUUUAUUGCAAUUCGUAACUCGACAUUAAUAAACUGAGAGAAAUGAUAACAAGUGUGCGCAUUCCGGAAUCAGAAAACCUAUAUACAGUAACCGUCGAAAUUCUUUUAGUUAUGCCAAGCAGGUGUAUAUAUGAAAAGGUAUUGGAGGAUUAUGGAUUAUAAUUAAACUAUCUAUGCAAGUUAGUCAUCUACUAGAGAUUGGUUACUUUUGUACACGUACAACUAAUUGGCUGAAAGCUGCAAAUAAACUCAUACAACUUACGUGACAA